AUGGCAAAUCCAUUGAAAGACGCCGGAAUUGACGGCCAACCCAUAUCAGACAGGAAAAACAACAGCCCUACAGAAUCCAUCCACAGUCGAAGCGAUUCAGGCAUAGCAUUUGGCAACACCCAGUCAGAAGCGAAGAAAAGAUGGUUCCACUGGCACGAGCCCGGCACAUCAAACGCCGACAAGAAACUCAUCUUCAAGCUCGACUGGUUUCUUCUCAGCUAUAGCUGCUUGUGUUUCUUUAUCAAAUACCUCGACCAAACCAAUGUCAGCAAUGCAUAUGUGUCGGGCAUGGAGGAGGAACUCGGCUUUGGUGCCGGUAACCAAUUGACCUGGAUGAACACAUACUUUAGCAUUGGUGUUAUACUCGGAGGCCCAAUCAGCAACAUUGUUCUGACAGUCGUGCGACCCCGGAUCUGGCUACCCAGCUGCCUACUCGUCUGGUCGCUUUUUGUCUUAUUCCUAUUCAAAUGUGAAACUGCAUCACAAUUUUACGGCUUGCGAUUCUGUGUUGGAUUGAUGGAGUCUGCUGCAUGGCCAGGCAUCCAAUAUGUGCUUGGAUGCUGGUACAAGAAAUCCGAGCUGGCGUCUCGAAGUGGACUCUUCGUCAUGUCCGGUGUGCUUGGUCAGAUGUUCUCAGGAUACCUUCAGUCUGCUCUGUUUGAAGGUAUGGAAGGCAAAGGGGGCUUGUCAGCUUGGAGAUGGCUGUUUAUCUUCGACUUUAUCCUUGCUGUUCCAGUCGUGCUUUACGGCUACGUGUUCUACCCAGACACACCCCAAAACACCAAAGCGUUCUACCUGACCGAUUGGGAAAAGAAUCGCGCUCGAGAAAGAAUCGAAGAGGAUGGCCGAACUCCGGUUGGAAAAAUGGAUAUGACGGUGUUGAAACGUAUUCUGCAGUCUUGGCAGCUAUACGCUUUCUCCAUCGCUUAUGCCCUCUGGUCUCUGACCUGUGGCUCAUAUGUGAUGCAGUACUUUGAGCUUUGGCUCAAGGCUCUAAAGACAUAUUCUGUGCCGCAGAUCAACAACAUCCCCACAUCUAUCGGGGCUGUCAAUUUCGCUUUUAUGGUGACAACGGGUAUUGUUGCUGACAGAAUCGGUCGUCGAGGGCCAGUUUUCUUCGCUGUUGGAUGUCUUUUGACGUUUUGCUAUGCUGUGUUUACAGCAUGGCCUGAGUCGAAGGGACUAAAGAUGGCCGCUUUUAUUCUCACUGGCUGCUACGGGUGCUUUACGCCGCUUCUUGCCACAUCUGUGAAUAUUUCAUGCGGGAAUGACCAACAGUUGCGAGCAUUCGUGAUGGCAUUCAUGGUGAGUCUUGGCUCGGCUGUUGUUAUUCCAUUUCAACAACUACAGUUCCCCAGCAGUGAAGCGCCGACAUUUACAAAAACGCAUGGGUGGGUUAGUGGCCUCGUUUUUGUAAUAGCCUUGACUUUAUGGACUGGGUUUGGUAUAGAUUUCGUUGAAAAGAUUAUGACUCGCUCGAAGAAGAAGCAGAGCUUGACUGAGAAGGACAACGGGGUUUAG